AUGUCUGCCAUGGACAAUAGCUCGAUUCUUGGCGCCUUCAGCGUGCCCGCGCUAACAAACGAACCUUUUGUCUCGUAUGCUUCGGGCACAUCAGAACGGGCCAGUCUCAUCGAGGCUCUCGCGUCGUUGAAGAAGGAGAUGCCCUUCGAGGUCCAUCCCAACGUGGACAGUCAGGAUAUCGUCUCACCACUGAAUCAAGCUCAGCUGAGCCCCUUUGAUCACAAGUCGCCCUUGGCAAGAUACUCUCAUGCCACUCCAGAACUAGUGGACAAGGCGAUUCUCGGUGCGCUCGAGGCCAAGAAGGCAUGGGCCAAAACAAGCCUCAACGACCGCGCUGCCAUCUUCUACCGCGCUGCUGCUUUGGUCCGUGGGCCUUACCGCUACCGCAUGAUGGCGGCAACCAUGGUUGGGCAGGGGAAAAACGCAUACCAAGCAGAUAUUGACUGUGCCGCCGAGGUGAUCGAUUUCCUUAUGAUCUUCCCGACACUUGCAGAAGGUCUGUACAAGAACCAGCCACCAUUUAAUAGCCCUGGGGUGUGGAACCGAUCUGAGGUAAGGCCACUUGACGGGUUCGUCUAUGCUAUAUCUCCCUUCAACUUCACUGCUCUGGCGGUCAACCUGGUCCUGGCACCCCUGAUCGUCGGCAAUGCUGUCGUCUGGAAGCCGAGUCCUGGAGCCAUCUACUCCAGCUGGCUCUUCAACCACAUUCUGAUCGAGGCCGGUCUACCUAAAGGGCUGGUUCAGUUCCUCCCCGGCGAUGCUGCCGAAGUGACUGCCCAGGUCUUCAAGAGCCGGGACAUGAGCGGCCUCCAUUUCACCGGCAGCACCUCGGUGUUUCGUAGCCUCACGGCCGAGAUCGGCUCCAAGAUGGAGUUCUGGAGGUCCUAUCCUCGCAUCGUCGGUGAGACGGGCGGCAAGAACUUCCACCUUAUCCACCCCACCGCCGAUGUGAGGAACGCUGCUCUCAAGUCGAUCCGCGCGGCCUUUGAGUACCAGGGACAAAAGUGCAGUGCUCUAUCCCGCGUCUACGUGCCCCGUUCGCUGGCUGAGGAUUUCAAGAAGGUGCUCAUCCAGGAGACGGAGGCGUUAACCAUGGGGGACAAGUUCACAGACUUCAUCGGCCCCGUCAUCAGCCAAUCCACCUUCGACCGCGUUUCGGGCUAUAUCAGGGACGCCAAAACUGCAAGUGAAAUCACUCUGCUUGCUGGAGGGACGUUUGAUGACUCGACCGGCUACUAUAUCCGCCCAACCGUUGUGGAAACAACCGAUCCGAGGACAAAGUUCAUGGUUGAAGAAAUUUUUGGGCCAUUCCUGACUCUGUACGUCUAUGAGGAUGCCGAUUUUGGACCCAAGAUUUUCGACUUGAUCGAUACCACCACCGAGUACGCUUUGUCAGGAGCUAUCUUUGCCAAAGAUCGGCAAGCUAUCAUCCAGGCGACAGAGGCCCUGAGAUUUGCUGCCGGAAACUUUUACAUCAAGUCACCGAUUCUAAUCACUAUUGGAUCUGCAGAUCGCGACACCGAGCCAACAUCUAUCAACGUGUCACGCAUAAAACCAUUCAAGCCCGAUUACGACUGGCGCAAACAACCGCAGACUCCUUACCGACCAUGGCGCAGUGGCCCUUAUCACGUUACCAUGGGUGAGCACUUGAGCCUCAUGUACCUCCUUCUGCCCUUUGCUGUGUUAGAUCGCCUCAAGCAAACCGACGUCGAGAACUGGAUCGAACUUGACGAUACUUACCUCGACAAGUACAAGCUAAAGAAGCAUCUCUACCAGAACCACCGCAAUGAUGUCCUUUCCUGCCUCCCCGGCUGCGAUGAAGGCUUAUUCGAAGCCCUGGGGCUUCUCAAAGACACGCUGAUCCACAGAUUUCCCACCAUGUUCCGCCUCCGAGACUCUCAUGUCAUUGAAAACUUGGUCACAGGAGAUGUCUGGGACCUCCGGCCCAACGCCACCACAUGGGAGAAGCAUCAUCCGCUAGAAGUCAUGGGGCUUCUGGCCACCGAAGACUUUUUUCUUCUAUACAACGGCGAUGAUGGGCAGACAACGUUGAAAGCUGCUGGCGUGUGCUUUCCAGCGGGAUUCAAAAUCGAGGAACGUAUAGGCCACAACCUUUGGCAAAUCCACGCCGGCAAGGUUCCUCAAUACGAGUCCAAGCUAGCUAAAUCCAUGGAUCGGUUCUUCCAGCGCCUCAAGGUCGGGAACGCAAUCUGUCGAUUCAACUUCGCCAUUGAUACCUCGGGCGAGCUAUUCCAUCGCCACUCUCACCAUAACCUGACGCCUGAGCAGCUGGAAACACCUUUGAAGAUCCAGGACUUGCAUCUGCGGGUCGAGCGCCAGGUUCUUCAGCGACUUCCAAAAACCAGAGCCCUGUUGUUUACUAUUCGAACGUAUGUGACUCCAAUUACCGAGGUGACCAAGGACAAGGAAAUCGCACGGGAGUUAAGAGGGAGUGUUCAGGGGUUUACGGAUGAUAUAUCCAAGUAUAAGAAUAAGGAUCUCUGGAAUGAGUUACUGCAAGAUCAUUUGGCCGAGGUUCUAAAAGAUAAUAAAGGGGAUAUCUAG